GUUGCACUCAGAUAACAUUGUAGCUUUCCCUCCGGGUUGUGCAAUAUAGCUCACUGCCUGCCUGGCUCUCUCUAUUAAUUUAUUUUUUUUUAAUUGUAUCCAGGAAAAAAAAAGAGGGGGGGAGAGAGUGGAAGAAAUCAAAAUAAGACAGCCCAGUGAGAUUGCAACACACAGUUGCCAAAGGGGAAGAACUUUAGCUAAGAGAGACUGAGAUUGUAUCUUGGUUGCAUUUUUUUUUGGAAGGUCCCCCCCUUCUUUUAUUGGAGGGGGUUUAUUAUUCUUUUUAGGAGGCCAUUAAGUUGCCCUACAAAAGCCUCCUUUCUUACGCACCCUUUUUCUCGGCGAUCUGCUGGUUUGGGAGGGGGGAGCGCAGAAGGAGGAAAAGAGGCAAAUAAAAACAAAGUUUGACUGACAGCACUUGUGUACUAAUUGCCUGAUAACAAGACCGAAGAUGCAGUGACCCGGCACACAGGCUUUUUGACCCUCACAAAAUUCUGACGCUGUUGGACUGACACGGACGAAGCAGGAUAUCAUGAACUGAAGAAGAGACACCAGACUUUUUUUGUUUUUUUGUUUUUGUAAUUUUCUAUCUUUUUUUUUUUUUAAGAGAGAACUUUUAAUGACAGCGCUUUGAAAAACAAGGGUUUCCUUUUUUAAUUUUUGGAAAUUUAAAGAAAACAUUCUCCUCGUACCGUGAGGAUCUUUGCAGAACAUGGGGAGGAAAAAGAUCCAGAUCCAGAGGAUCACGGAUGAAAGGAACCGUCAGGUGACGUUCACCAAACGGAAGUUUGGGUUGAUGAAGAAAGCCUACGAACUCAGCGUCCUGUGUGACUGCGAGAUUGCCCUGAUCAUUUUCAACCAUUCGAACAAACUGUUCCAGUACGCCAGCACUGACAUGGACAAGGUUCUUCUGAAGUAUACGGAGUACAACGAACCCCAUGAGAGCCGGACCAACGCAGAUAUCAUUGAGACAUUGAGAAAGAAAGGUUUUAACGGCUGUGACAGCCCAGAACCCGAUGGCGACGACUCCAUUGACCAGAGCCCGCUGAUGGAGGACAAAUACCGCAAAUCCAGCGAGGAUCUUGAUAUUCUGUUCAAGCGCUACGGCGCGCUGAACAAGAAGCAUAGAGAGUGUGAAAGCCCCGACGGGGAUGACGUCUUUACAUUGACGCCUCAGACGGAAGAGAAAUAUAAAAAGAUUGAUGAGGAGUUUGAUAAAAUGAUGCAGACUUACAGGCUCGCAUCUGCAGUUCCAGCUCCCAACUUUGCCAUGCCCGUGACGGUUCCAGUGACCAACCAGAACACGCUGCAGUUCAGCAACCCCGGAGGCUCCUUAGUGACUCAGUCUCUGGUGACCUCUUCAUUAACUGACCCACGGCUCCUGUCACCGCAGCAACCGGCCCUCCAGCGGAACACCGUUUCCCCAGGCCUGCCACAGCGGCCAGCCAGUGCUGGGGCAAUGCUCGGAGGAGACUUGAAUAACACAAACGGCGCCUGCCCAAGCCCCGUGGGGAAUGGCUAUGUCAGUGCCAGAGCUUCCCCUGGCCUCCUCCCUGUGUCCAACGGUAACAGCAUGGGCAAGGUCAUCCCUGCGAAGUCACCACCUCCGCCGCCGCCGCCCUCCCACGGCGGCCAGCUGACCGCCAACAACCGCAAACCAGACUUGCGCGUCAUCACUUCACAGAGCGGGAAGGGACUCAUGCAUCAUUUGAACACUCAGCGGCUUGUCGUGUCUCAAGCAACACAUUCUUUGACCACACCAGUCGUUUCUGUGGCUACUCCGAGUCUCCUGACACAGGGCUUGCCCUUCUCGGCUAUGCCUACGGCAUACAACACAGACUAUCAGCUGACCAGCGCAGAUCUGUCGUCCCUCCCAGCUUUCAGCUCACCGGGAGGAUUGUCUCUUGGCAACAUCUCUGCUUGGCAACAGCAGCAGCAGCAGCAACAACAGCAGCAGCAGCAGCAGCAGCAGCAGCAGCAUCUUGUUCCCGUAUCGCUAAGUAACCUAAUACAAGGAAGUCACUUGUCUCAUGCCACCACAUUGACCGUCAACACCAACCCAAACAUCAGUAUCAAGUCGGAGCCUGUUUCGCCCAACCGGGAACGCAACACGGCCACGCCGCUCUCCUCCUUUCCUCACCAGGCCCGCCACGAGCCCACGGGACGUUCGCCUGUCGACAGCCUCAGCAGCAACGCCAGCUCCUAUGAGGGCAACGAGCGGGAAGACCAGUCCCGGGCCGACUUUGGCUCCUCUCUCGGCCUCUUGAGACCCACCACCGAGGCCGAGGGGGAGAACCAGUCCGUAAAGCGCAUGCGCCUGGACGCUUGGGUAACAUAACUGCCUCCCCCUGCGCCCCAGCUCCCUCUUCCCCCAGGGCUGCUUUUGGCUCUCACGUUAUAUUGUGUGCGUGGGGGAGGAGGGAGCGGGAGUCGGGGAAAAUGAGGAGGGGGGUUGGGAGGGGGAGGCACAGGGAGGCGUGGGUGGGGGUGGGAAGGGGGCUUAUUAUAAACUGCCUGAGAAAUAGCUUUAGGAUUUUGUAGGCGUCCGUUCUAGCGCAGCAGGUGACAUUAUGCAGUACAAAGAGACUCCGGAGGAUCGUCCGGGUGUCCCUAAAAAUCGGAUAUAAAUCCCUCACCGGUAACCAGACUCUCAAAGGCACUGGGCCCUGUUUGACACACUGGCUCACACUGGCCCUGUGCUAGCCCGAAACCAAUAAGAUAAAAACUUCUAGCAUGGAAGGGAGAAGGGGAUUGGGGGUGGCAGACGGACUGCAGUGGCGGCUGGGGGAGGGUGUUGCACAGAGAAAGGGGGGUUAGGUGAGAGACUUGACUAGAACAUGCCAGUUAUACAGUUAGUCCUAAUGUUGCAAGAAGAGUGCCUUUGGAUGUCAGAGUGGUUUAAAAGAACCGGAAGGGAGUUUUUCUCCAGAGGCUUUUUUGGGGUGGGUGGGACUAUGCCAGGGCUGCCUCCAGAUCGGGGAGCUCAUGUAGCACUGCUUUAAG